AUGUAUACGUGUAACAUCUGCUCCAAGGGUUUUGCAUAUAAAAGCAGGCUUAGCCGCCACGCAAACAAGCAUAAAUCCGCCGCCUCUUUUCCCUGUGACACAUGUGGAAAGAAAUUUACAAGACAGGAUAACUUAAUCUCACACAGGAAAAACAGACACAAUAACAGCGAACUAACCGCAGACGACGACACAAACAGUAAUGACGAGAACAAUAGAAAAUAUAUAUACAGACCUCUCCAAUCACCAAAUGAUGAUGAUGAACAAUCAGAUUGCGACGAAGACGAUCCCGACAAACUUGUAAAUGAAUUACGCUAUUAUAUCGAAGAGUGCCGUUUAACUAAAGAACAUUGGCUCUGUAGUGGCAUUAUCAACAAGCUACAUAAUAUGGGAAUAAUUCAGUAA